AUGUUCCGUUCUUUGGUGCUGUAUCCAUUGAGAACUGGACGGAUUUUGGUAUCUUCCUAUUUGAAUAGUGUCACGCGAAAAGCUCUUUCAUCUGGUGAGCCUAUUCCUAUCGGUCAGACAGAACCACGACUUUCAAUACAGUACACCUGCGGAGUGUGCGGUAGUCGUCAGGGUCCUAAAACGUUUUCACGGAACUCCUACGAAAAAGGUGUGGUUAUUAUAACCUGUGAUCAGUGUAACAAUCACCACAUCAUCGCGGAUAAUCUUGGUUGGUUCCACGACUUUAAGGGCAAAAAUAUCGAAGAGAUCCUUCAGCAGCGGGGAAUUCCUGUUAAGAAAGGCAUAAGUAUAGAAGCAGACGCUACUGCUCAAGAAAACAUCAAGAAUGACUAG